UGAGAGCUCUACAUCUUCAUCAUCACCAUCCUCAACACUGCUGCUGCUGUCUGCACAGCUGUCAUUAACUUGUUGAAUACUUUUGAUCAAUUUCAUUUUUCUUUUUCACCCAUAAGUGGCUUGUUUCCCCUCCCAUGAUGAACAGACUCGUCCUGACGUCAUCUGCGAUGCUGCUGUUGCUGUGUGUCUGGGUCAACUUGAGUCAAAGCAGUCCAGUGAGGUGCUGUACCAAAUAUUCAUCACAGCCUUUUCCUGUCCUCCGACUGAAAGACUUCACCCGACAGGACGCCACCAUGACCUGCAACAUAGAGGCUGUCAUUUUUACUACGGUGAAGAACAGACAGAUCUGUGCUAACCCUGAUGAUCUAUGGGUUCAGAACGCUAUCUUGCAUAUCCAGAACACAAAAAAGUCAUCAUAAUGUGGACACCAUCAGAUCGGUCUAAAACUGGCUUAAGCUGAACAAAUUAACAGAAACAGAAAUCCUUCUAUAAAAUGUAUUGUUUAGAAUUUAUUUUUAUAAUUAAUAAAUUAAUAAAUGGUUU